UCACACACCUUUAGCAGACACUUCAGAAUGCAGCGCAUCGCUCUCAGGGCCCCGCGCUCCCUCGCUCGACAGGCUCAGAGCAGCCGCAGCCUCAGCUCCCUCGCUCGUACCGCCGUCGCACCCGCUGUCCGAGCCCCAGCUGUCAGCAAUGCUCGCCCCACUGCCCUCCCCCGAGCCCUUCCCAAGGUCGCUGCUGUUCAAGCUCGUGGCCUAGCCACCCCCGCUUCCGGCAAGGGUCAGCUCGGUGCCGUCAAGUCUGUCAUUGGUCCCGUCGUCGACGUGCAAUUCGAGAACGAGGAUCUGCCUGCCAUCUUCAACGCCCUGGAGGUUCAGGAUGUUCAGAGCGGUAACCGACUGGUCCUCGAGGUCGCCCAGCACCUGGGAGAGAACACUGUCCGAACCAUUGCCAUGGACGGUACCGAGGGUCUCGUUCGUGGCCAGAAGGUCCAGGACACUGGUGCCCCCAUUUCUAUCCAGGUCGGUCCCGGAUGCCUUGGUCGUAUCAUCAACGUCAUUGGUGAGCCCAUCGACGAGAGGGGUCCUAUCAAGGGUGUCAAGAGCUCGCCCAUCCACCGUGAGCCCCCUGAGUUCUCUGAGCAGUCUACCUCUGCCGAGGUCCUCGAGACUGGUAUCAAGGUCGUCGACCUGCUCGCCCCUUACGCUCGUGGUGGAAAGAUUGGUCUCUUCGGUGGUGCCGGUGUCGGAAAGACUGUGCUGAUUCAGGAGCUGAUCAACAACGUCGCCAAGGCCCACGGUGGUUACUCCGUCUUCACCGGUGUCGGUGAGCGAACCCGUGAGGGUAACGACUUGUACCACGAGAUGAUCGAGACUGGUGUCAUCAACCUCGAAGGUGACUCCAAGGUCGCUCUCGUGUUCGGUCAGAUGAACGAGCCCCCCGGAGCCCGUGCCCGUGUCGCCCUGACCGGUCUCACCAUCGCCGAGUACUUCCGUGACGAGGAGGGACAGGAUGUGCUCCUCUUCAUCGACAACAUUUUCCGAUUCACCCAGGCAGGUUCCGAGACCUCUGCUCUGCUCGGUCGUAUCCCCUCUGCCGUCGGAUACCAGCCCACUCUGUCCACGGACAUGGGAAGCAUGCAGGAGCGAAUUACCACCACCAAGAAGGGAUCCAUCACCUCGGUACAGGCCGUCUACGUGCCCGCCGAUGAUUUGACCGACCCUGCCCCUGCCACCACCUUUGCCCACUUGGACGCCACCACUGUGUUGUCCCGUGGUAUUGCCGAGCUGGGUAUCUACCCCGCCGUCGACCCUCUAGACUCCAAGUCCCGUCUGCUGGACCCCGUCGUCAUUGGUCAGGAGCACUACGACGUCGCCACCAAGACCCAACAGCUGCUGCAGUCUUACAAGUCGCUGCAGGACAUCAUCGCCAUUCUGGGAAUGGACGAGUUGUCCGAGGAGGACAAGCUGGUCGUCGAGCGUGCCCGAAAGGUGCAGCGUUUCCUGUCGCAGCCCUUCGCUGUGGCCCAGGUCUUCACUGGUAUCGAGGGACGACUGGUGCCAUUGAAGGAGACGAUCAGCUCGAUCAAGGCCCUGAUCAACGGAGAGGCUGACGACCUGCCAGAGUCUGCCUUCUACAUGGUUGGUGACCUGAGCGAGGCUCGUGAGAAGGCUGAGCGAAUGUCGAAGGAGUCCAAGUAAACGUAGGGAAGGAUCAAAAGGGAGAUGAAGACUGCACGUCUUUGGCUGACUGACAGAGUUCAAUCUUGGGAGGCCCAUCCUGGCCCCACCUUUGCUGGUUAGUGGAGCAAUGUGUCUGUCUCUUGUCCUUGAGCGCCUGCC